AUGGACUCGACGAACCCCAAGCCGAAGCGCACUCCGCGGAGGGCUGCAAAGGAUCGAUUUGAAGAGGAGAAGUUGAUGACUAGUGACAAAUCUCAACUCAUUGAUAUAGAUCUUGUGAAAUUGCUCGCGCUUCCUGAAGCUUGGAACUGUCUCGAAGAAGAUGAGAAGAAAGAAAUUUUGAAUCUACUUCCUAGUGACACGCAUCCCAAUCCAAACCCCCCACCAGAUGACCCCAACGCAAAGAUCUCCCCUCUACCAAAUGACUUUUUGCGCUACUCGAAUAAUUGGCGGGAUGGCAUCCGUCACUUUCAGUUAGACCUUCAAAGUGGACGCUAUGAUCCUCAAUGGGCCCGCGAGGCUGAACAGGCUGUCCGGGAUCGGGCUGCGGGCAAAUUCGACAAAUUCAAAGAACAAGAGUUUGAGGAGUUUUGGGGCCAAAAGCAGAAAAUGGAUAAAUAUAUAGCUGCUGGGGAGAGCUCCCGGGUCAAACUAGGUACGCUCAUUGAGCAAGGAGUUGUUCGAAAGGGUGACAUUUGGAAGUGGUCACGGAACUUCGGCCGCCGCCCAAAGGUUCUAGUUGAGAAGGAAGCCAAGAUUAUUGACAUCAAUGGCGCCCAAUUGACGUUCAUUGUUCCUGCGGGCCAGCGUGUAUUUCUAAAAACCGCGGCAGCUUCAACUGCACAUGAGCCGGUGACGGGAGAAAAACCAGAAACCGACCCAUCAACCCCGGUGUUGUCAUCAUUCGAUGGUGCUGCCACAAUAGACACAGGGGCUGGUCCCUCUAGGAAGCGCAGUGCUGAGGUCGAAGCCGAGGUCACCACCACAAAACGACCGCGGGGGCGCCCGCGGAAACAGGAGACUCCUACUGUCGAACCGAAAGCUUGUAACAUUUCGGUGGAAAUUACUAAUACUGUCCCCAAACCCGAAGUCACCUCGCGCGUGUCUGAUGCAAACCACAACCUCGAAUCGUCGGCAGAAGUUCAGAAUAGUGAGCCUCAAUCUGUUCAACAAGCGCUGGAGGACAUAAAACCUGUGGAUGUGGAACCGCCACAAUCUGCAUCUGAAUCAAGCGGAGGAAAGCCUGUGGACGUGGAACCCUCACAGUCCAACUCCGAAUCGAAUGGGGAAUCCGACGAGGUAGUCAUUCCCAAUGUACAAGGCCCUGGUGCCCUUACGCAUAAAAUACUAGAAAUUGACGGUCGUAUUACGAAUGCCACCAAUGGGAAUGCGUGGAAAGAACUCCGCUGUUACAGAGACAACCAAGACAUGGGCACGUUGUGGGAAGUCAGGCAGGCUUGGUUUGCGAAAAAGAAGUAG